CCCGCACCUCCAUAGCUUCAUCCAUGCCCUCCGAACAAGAUCCAGCUUCCGCCUGCCCCGUCGACCACAAAACUCGGGAAGAAUGGCUUAGACAGGCGAAAUCGCAAAACCCGGAUGGCAGUGUGCAGUCUCCACAUUCGCCUCUCCAGUCUGAUGGGUGCGAUUCCUCGCAAGUAGACCAAACCCCUUCACCUUCCUCCUCCCGCGGGCUGCUCUCCACGCUGCGCCUCGGCACGCACCGUGAAAUCUCCUCCAUACCGCGUGCGCUACCUUCAGAGUCCAAAGAUGGGACAGCAGGCAGACCGGCGAACAGCGAGCAAGACACGGGCGCAGACAAGAAGACUGGCAACUGGAUUUACCCUUCGGAAGAAAUGUUCUUUAAUGCCAUGAAGCGGAAAAGCUACAGUGCGCGGGAAACAGAUAUGCAGACGAUCGUUCCGAUCCAUAAUGCCGUGAAUGAGAGGGCUUGGGUGGAGAUCAAAGCGUGGGAGAAAGGGAGGGGCUCUGAAUCUUGUGGUGGUCCCCGCCUUGCCUCUUUCUCCGGUCUCUCAUCUUCCCUUACCCCCCGUGCUCGGUGGAACACACUGAUUGGCUAUCAAGCGCCGUUUGACCGUCACGACUGGGUUGUGGAUCGGUGUGGACAGAAGAUCGAGUAUGUCAUUGAUUUCUAUGCCGGGAGGGACGAGAAGAAGGCGGGGAAAGAGUUGAACUUCUUUCUUGAUGUGAGGCCAAAGCUGAACAGUUGGGAGGGAGUCAAGAUGAGAGCAUUGAGGCUUGUGGGACUGUAGCGGUGUGAGGGGUUGUCUGGAUGGAGCUGUAAGAUUAUGUAUGGGUAUGGGAUGAAUGUAUGAAAACAUGAAGAAGGCUCGAUUUAGAUUUGAUGAUAUAUGUCUGUCACUCAUAAUUCAGCAAGCCUGAUGGUAAAUUGCAUGGCGUCGAACUGUGUAUAGAAAGGCAUGUCCAAGCGGAGGCUCGG